UUGUCCGCAUCCAGCUUCAUAAACCGGUCAACGGAUCGGGUAAAAUUAUACAACAUUAUCGUGCCCUGGACGUGGGACUUGUUCGUCAAACAGAUUAAACUGACGUUAGCCAAUACCAGCUCGCCGUCGAAACCUCGCCGGCGACGAAAUACACGCUCUCUUCUACUCCUCGUCGAAUAGAUUGAAUUGCGCCUAGAUUUUCCUCCUAGCAAUGGACACUCCAGUGAACUCCUUCAAUCCUUACAAACAUUUGAAAGAACAAUUUGUGAGCAACUUGACAGGAUCUUCAAUGCUUGAAAUAAUUGCUCUUGCGACUGCUGUACCUGUUCUGAUUCUACUGAGACGUUGUUUCUGCUCCAAUGGCAUGCGAGAUGGAAAUGCCACGAAGAUUUCAAGCAAAAAGAACGAUGAUGUUAUAGUUGGUGUCUGGAGUUUGAGAGCUUACAUGGCAGCAAUGCUUUUAGAUUUUCUAUUGAUCAUUCUUCCUUUGCUUCUAUUCUUCACUGUUUUAUCAGAAUGGACUAGUGUAGCUGCAGUUUUUCUGACGUUGCUGCUGAUUUUUCUUAUUGCAGCUAAAAGAUAUGGAGCUUCUAUUUAUUUGGAGGAUGGGGUUGAUUCUCUCAGAUCAAAUAUCUCUUCAUACAGGGUUUCUAUAAUGGUUGUAACAUGCUUGUGCAUUUUAGCUGUUGACUUCAGAAUAUUUCCUAGAAGAUAUGCAAAAACUGAGACUUAUGGUACUAGUUUGAUGGAUCUAGGAGUAGGCUCAUUUGUGUUAGCAAAUUCAUUAGUUUCACGACAAGCUCGAGGCUUCCCAAUGUUGAAAUGGAAAAAUGCACUUCAAUCUAGUAGUCCGCUUGUUGUUCUAGGGAUUGCUCGACUUCUUUCCACAGCAGGUGUAGACUAUCAGGUCCAUGUGGGCGAAUAUGGGGUGCACUGGAACUUCUUUUUCACACUUGCUGCUGUAUCAAUCCUAUCAUCAAUAAUUAACAUUCCUCCAAAAUAUUCUGGAAUUCUUGGUUCACUGAUUGUUGUAGGCUACCAAGUUUGCUUGAUCAAUGGUUUAAAUGUCUAUUUGCUUUCUAACGAAAGCGGAACAGACAUCAUUAGCCAAAACAAGGAAGGAAUUUUCAGCAUAUUUGGAUAUUGGGGUAUGUAUCUUGUUGGAGUCCAAUUGGGAAGCUAUCUUUUCUUCGGAAACUCUAACCAAGUGUUGAGAUCCAACAAUUGGGCGAAAGUUAGAGUUGGGAUUCUCUCUCUUCUGUUUUGGUUGUUGACUGUGAUACUAGACAGGAAGGUCGAAAAAGUUUCACGUAGGACGUGCAAUGUUGCUUAUGUUACUUUUGUACUGGCUCAAAAUCUUCAGGUUUUAGCAAUCUUAAUGCUGUCUGAUUACAUACCUGGACACAAGAUUUCUGUGCUGGAAGAAGCAUUCAACCAGAAUCUACUGGCUUCAUUUCUUCUGGCAAAUGUGCUCACAGGAGUGGUAAACUUGUUUAUUGAGACCUUGUUUGCUUCAUCAGCCUCAGCUCUCGCUGUCUUGGUUGUUUAUGCAUUUGUUCUGUUCCUUCUUGUUGGUUUAGCAAACUUUUAUGGCAUUAAGUCGAAAUUUUGGUGAACUGCGCCUUGUAUCUAGUUGUAUCAAACUUUCAUUUUGAUCUAUAAAAUUCCAGAUAUCUGGUGACUCUUGUUGAUUAGUUGUUUCAACUGUAUGCUUAAAAUAAUCAAUGGAAACCAUUUUCCACAUUUA